GUGCCUGUCCCUUUAAGAGCAAGGCGUGUCCGUUUUCUGAAGAAUCAGGAAGUACGUUGACGUUACGGCAGAGAAGCCCCUCCUCAAGCUCGAAUGUGCGUGUGACCGCGGCGCUCCUUCGCUCGGCUGCCAGAAUCAUCGCCAGCUUCCCCGGCCAGCUGUCGCCGCAUCCACUCAUGGACGACCCAGCGGUGGUUACGGCGGGUCAGACGACUGUCACCGGGAAAGGAGGGGCAGGUGGAGGAGCGGUCAACCCGGACUACACGGCCUUUGUGCUGGUGCCCGUCUUCUUCCUCCUGGGCUUGCUGGGGGUGGUCAUCUGCCACGUGCUGAAGAGGAAGGGCUACAGGUGUACCACUGAGGCGCAGAAUGAGGAGGAGGCAUGCGAAGAAGUAGACAAGGAUCUGGAGCUGGGAGGAGAGCUCAACGACACUCUGAGUGAAAACAACGACACCGUGGGACAGAUCGUCCACUACAUCAUGAAUAAUGAAGCCAACUCGGAUGCUCUGAAAGCCAUGGUGCACGAAACCAGCAUCGAUUCUGAUGGUGCACCCGUCACCCCCACCUCCCCCUACUCGCCCUCGCCGCCCAUGACCCCGGUGUCGCCGGGAGCGCCGCCGGAGGCCGCCAAGCACACCUGCAACCACCUGCACACCAUCGGCGGCGUCGGCGGCCACAAGAACAUCUGCACGCGCUGCAGUCAGAAGAAAUGGCCGCUCAUGAGCAAGCCCGCCGCCGCCAUCCGCAAGGCGGAGCAGCGGCGCAGACACUCGGGGGAAGUCACCGUGUUGUCCGUGGGCAGGUUCCGUGUGACAAAGUGUGAUAAACCAGCCAGGGAACGGCGGACGCUGCUGAUAGCGGACUCUAACGGCAGCGUGCCUUCGGAGGAGGUGGCGUCCAACAGCCGGACUGUGUCUGAGAGCCAGGAGGAGAACAGCGUGGACGUCGAGAAAUGAUGACAAGUCCAUUCCUCAAAAAGACAGAAUCAUCUGCAUACUUUUUAAAAGUGGUAAUACGGUGGGCAGAUGGGAUCCUAACCCCACUUUCACUUGGGGCCACACUGACGCAGCCACAUGAGCCACUUAUUACCCGGGCUAGGUAGGAGAAGUUCUUCAAUAUUUAAUUCCUCCCGAAAGACAUGCAGAAAGCUUGGUAUCGCUCGGUCCAGCGGUGUGACAUCAUACAUGUUUCCGGGUGGAGCGUGUGGCAGCUCGAUGAAAUAGGACUUCUUUGAACCGGUACAGCCAGUCUGUGUCCAAAACAAACAAACAAAGUAGGAAUAACCUACGGGGCCAGGAAAGCUGUGUGGAGCCUUGGCAGGUGUAGUCAUAAGAUAUAAAGCAUCAUCCUGUGCACCAGCCGGGAGGAAUAUAUCAAUUAGUGCAAUGUAUAAUGGCUUCUUUGUGCCACUGAGACAUUUAAAAACGUUACAUUUUAUUGGUUCAACUUGGUUUUUCUACAGCAUGUUAGGAAAGCACUUGUUUUUAUUCAGCCUACUAUUAUUAAUAUAUGAUGAUGCCGUGAAGGGACAACAUUAUGGGGUGCGUUCACACUUGCCAUGUUUGGUUCAUUUCUAAAGAACUCUGGUGCGUUUUUUCUCUGCUCGUACGGUUCGUUUGGUCGGGUGCAAAAGCCUCCAUCUGAACAAGCGGACCAAGACUCUGGUGCAGUUUAAAUUAUUCAAAAUGAUGGUAAAAAAGCACUUUAAAGGUGUAUUUUAAAAGCUUUUUGUGAAACCUAAGCUGGUAAAUAUUGUGUUACAUAAAAACAACUGCAGAUGG